AUGGAAAGCUUAAGAGGCAGCCUCUGGAAGCCGACUUGGAUCUUGACUGUUUUUAACUGGGCUACUGGCCCGGAUGUUCCAUUUGCUUGGGGAUACUGCUUCAAAGAAGAACAAGGCAACCCACCAGAUUAUUGUGUUGCAAAUCAACAAUGGCCAUGCGUUCCGGGUAAGAAGUACUAUGGUCGAGGCCCCAUCCAAAUCUCAUACAACUACAACUAUGGUCCAGCAGGAAGACCCAUUGGAUUGAAUCUGCUAAACAGCCCCGAAACCGUUGCAAACUAUCCAGUAGUUUCUUUCAAGACAGCGUUGUGGUUUUGGAUGACACCCCAAUCGCCAAAACCUUCAUGCCACGACGUCAUCACCGGAACAUGGAGGCCAUCGGCAGCAGAUACAGCAGCCUAUUAAUUAAUUUCAACUCGAGUAUAUUGGGCCUAUUAAUUAAUUCAGCCUAUAAAAUUAAAAAGCCCAAAAAUUCAAUUAUUUGAAAAAAAAAGUUAAUAGUAAAACUAACGCUACUAAAAAUCAAGCCUUAAACAACCCCCCAAAAAAAAAUCAAAUUAAAAUUUACCAUUAUACACUCUCUCUGUCUCUCCAUCAAGUUCAAAAGAUUAAAUAUAUCAAUCGUUUGAAUAUAAAAACUUAAUAUUUUUAUAUUAUAAAAAAAUAAAUAAAUAAAUUAACAACUCAUAUUAAAAAAAAGUCUAAUUUAUUAAUUCUGCUUUAGGCCCUAAAAUAUUUGGGACCGCCUUGGUUUUGGGACCCCUAAAAAUGAUCAUCUAUUUUUAUAAAAUUAUAGGGUUAUAUAUAUUCCUUCAUUCUUGAAAUAUAAAAAAAAUGAUAAAGAGAAUAGAAAGUCCAGAUAUAUAUAUAUAUAUAUAUAUA